AUGAAGUGCUCCGGGUACAGACUGACUUUCUUUGCUCAGAGAGCCAGGUCCUCAGCUGGGCUUCCUCCACCCCAGCUGUUGGACCCUGGCCGGGAGAGCUUUGGGAAGAUGGAGAACCGGAGGGGAGAGCUCCUGGAUGCCCUCUGGGAGGAAGAGGAAGAGGAUGGGGUGGCUGCCAGUGCCUCCUCCAGCCUCCGCCUGAGCGAAGCAGGGGACGUGCAGGUGGAGAUGCUGGAAAAGGCCAGGGAGCUCUUUCAGUUGUGUGACAAGGAGGAGAAGGGCUUCAUCACCAAGCUGGACAUGCAGCGGCUGCAGAGCGAACUGCCCCUGACCCCAGAACAGCUGGAGGCUGUCUUUGACAGCCUGGAGCAGGACAAUAAUGGGUACCUGACACCUGUCGAGUUCAGCAUGGGACUAGGGAAGUUCAUAGGCAUUGAGCUGUACCAAGGGUCUGGGAGCACAGAUCACUCCAGACAUGAGGAGACCUUUGAGUCAGGCUGGUCAGAUGAUUUGGACCAGACAAAUGACGAAGAGGAGAAGCGAUUUUGUUCAAUGAUGGAGCAGCUCGGAGCAGCCCAGGUCUUUGAAGAUCAGAGUGAGGUUCAGGAGCUCUGGACUAGUCUUCGGAAAGAACGGCCAGAUCUCUUGGCCAACUUUGAGGAGUUCCUGUUCCAUGUUUCAUCGUACAUCAGGGAGGUGCAUUAUGAGAAGGAAUCCAUGGAGCAGGCACUGAAGAGGAAGGAGACAGACCAUGACAGAGAAGUCAGGUGUCUUUAUGAAGAAAUGGAGCAACAGAUCAAAGCAGAAAAGGAACGACUGCUCUGCCAGGAAUCACUGAGGCACGACAGGAGCAACCUGCUGCAGAAGGAACUGCGCAGCAAGGAGCAGGAGCUUGAGAAAAUCCUCUACCGGCAGAAAAAGCUGGAACAUCAAAUACAGUCUCUGAACUCUGAGCAGCUGGAGACUCGGGUGCAGAACAAGCGGCUCCAGCUUCUGAAUGAAAACCUCCUGGAGCAGCUGGAGAGAAGCAAGUGGGAGCUGGAGGUGGCCAAGGGGCAUCUGGAGCGUCUCCAGAAGGAGGCUCAGUGUGAACAGGAACAGAAAGACAGGGAUGUGUUCAGAGUCUCUAAGAACAUGCAGAAAGAGAAACAAAGCCUUCUUCGACAGCUGGAGCUCCUCAGACAGCUGGUUCCUGGGGAUCUUCCUCUCACUUUCCUGGAGGACAUGACUGUGGAAGAGCCCAACCAGAAGAGCUGUAAAUACUUCCUGGCCACCACAACGGCACUGAAGAAGGGGAAAGCAAGCAGAGUGAGCUUUGGAGAGGGCCGCACCUCAAGCUGCAAGCGAGAGCGGCAGCAAAUGGCAGGGGCUGGCGGGCACCCAAAGAUGGCUCCGAAGAGUGAUGUCAACUGGAGGCAAACAGCAGAUGAAUUGGACGAUGAUGCCCCAUUGUCCCCCAGAGAGCAGCCCAUUGGCACUGAAACCAUGUCACCUGAACCAGCCAGCUCUUCCCCAGAACGUCUCUUCAAAGUGGUGUUUGUGGGCAACUCUGGCGUUGGCAAGAGCUCCUUCAUCCAUCGCUUUUGUUAUGACAGGUUAUUGGCUGAGAUCAAUGCAACCAUUGGUAUUGAUUACCAGGUGAAGAGUUUAAUGGUGGAUAACACACAGGUGGCCUUGCAGCUGUGGGACACAGCGGGCCAGGAGAGGUUUCGGAGCAUCACCAAGCAGUAUUUCCGGAAGGUGGAUGGUAUCUUUGUGAUGUAUGACAUCACUGAUGAGUGCUCCUUCGUGGCAGUGCGGAACUGGAUGAGUAGCAUCCAGGAAGGGAUUGAGGAUGGGGCCAUGAUCUUUCUGCUUGGAAACAAAAUGGAUGCAGCAGAGAGAGAGACUCUGCACGUGCCCAAGACGGAGGGGGAAAGGCUGGCGAAGGAAUACAAGGCUGUCUUCUAUGAGUGCAGCGCUAUGACUGGCUAUAACAUCCGGGAGCCCAUGCUGCAUAUGGCAAGGCUGCUGACAGCUCAAGAGGAUAAGCAGAGGGAAAGUGCCCUCCACCUGGAAGAGUACCACAAGAGGAAGGGAUGCUGCAUGUGA